GCGUGUGUGCCCCCUCGACGUAUGCCGUGGACAAGAGAGUGCGUGCAGCCAGUCGACUGUGCUGUGCUGUGCUGUGCUGUGCUGUGCUGUGCUGUGCUGGACAAGGUGGACAAGGUGGAGCGUCGUGCGGGAUUCCUCGAACCAUGCCGUCGGUCAUGUCGUCUGUGCCUCUCCCACUGCCUACUGGCUGAUGAACUCCCCCCGCCCUCUGCUGUCCUGAUUAUGCCCUUCUCACCGCUCAGAGUCCCGUCCCUCGUCAUGCGCAUCACCCGCACCAAUGCCGUCGUCGGCCUGAGCCAAAAAGGCAAGCCAAGUCAUUCACCAACCGCGUGGGAACAGCGACACAGCAAGCAAGCCCUGCCACCGUUCCCGCCAAUGCGUCGUCGCUCCACAUUAUUCGCCCAAUGUGUCCAUACGCAGGGCACUUCCAUGCUCGUGGUAGACCAGGCAGUGGCCACACAAACACACACACACUCUCUCUCUGUCUGUCUGUCUGUCUGUCUGUCUGUCUCUCACACACACACUUCUGCACCAGCGCGUCGCCGACCCCUCGCCGCCUUCCCAGUUGGUCUUGGCAACCCCAAACCUACAUGGCCCUCCAUGUGCGCAUAUCGCCAGGGACGCACAUAGCAGUCGGCACACGGUGCCCUUUUGCGCACAAGACCGAGAUGAUAGCACCCUAACCUGCAUCGGAGAGCCAUCAUAUAGCGAUACCUUCCGCCCUCCCUAGCAGCAAAUCAAUCCUACACUGCUUACGCGAGACGCCCGCUCUAGUGAAUAUUCCCCCAUCAUCGCUGGGACGGAGCAUUUGCCCGCUCCCAGACGAGCGUUAUGAAGCGUUGCAUA